GGGAAGGGCAUAAAAGACUCCGCUUCGUUUUGAGGCUGGAAAAAAAAAAAGAAAAAAAAAGAAAAACAAAACUUUUACUUCAAAAUGACAACCAAAGCACUCUGGCUCCUCUGCUUUGUCAUUAGAUCGUCUUGCAGCUCGGUGGCCGGAUCCCUGCCCUGUGCUGAGAAAGCCAGCCAGUCUCUCAGCAAAUAUGGGUAUAACUCAGCAGAUGCGACACCCAGCCAAGCCAAACUGCCAGCCUGGGCCACCACUAGAGAGGAUCCCACCGAAUACCAAUUUCUGUCUCCCACCAACCUGCAGCACCCAAAACCUCCUGAAAUCACCUCCCUCUCUUCAGACAAAAAGAAACGAACCAAGCCUUCUACUGAAAACAGCACAGGGCUGAGGAAACACCUCCUGCAGCACGGAGGGACCCUGCCUCUGGAACCUGCAAGCGAGGGGCCUUCUCCCACCUCCUUUGACUUGAACCAGGCAAACAGAAAGCAGGCAGACAGGCGGCUGGCGGAGGCUGCUAACAGCGUGUCAGCUCAUUUCCAGCACACAGCAACUUCCUACCAUAAGAUCACAUCCUUACUGGGGGCUCAUCCUUUUCUAGAGUCUGGAACAGCAGAGUCAGCUGAUCCUAACGUGCUGGAUCAUUUCAACCGACCAGGCAAGGUAAACCCCUACAAAAGCACUGAAUUGUUGAAAAUGAUCAGCAAACCCUCCUGGGUCACCAACCGCCAGCCACCCAGCUUGCCACAACAUUUCAGCUUGCUGAAGAAAGGUGCCGAUAUGGAGAAGGCAUGUCUGACCGAGUGCAGGAAAGAGAGAGAUGAAGUGGAGGCCUACUGCACAAGUGAAUUUGCAGUGAAUGGAAUUGUUUAUAACAUGGAAAGACUGGGGAGUGGAGUCCACUUGGUUACACUUUUGGUAAACAGUGAUGGCCUGUACAAGAUGAGUCGCCUCUUUAUUACUCCUGAUGGCUUCUUCUUCCGAGUUCACAUUCUAGUUGUGGAUUCUUUCAACUGCAGCAAGCCAUGUCCAGACUUCAAACUUGGCAGCAGAUACAUUGUGAUGGGUCAGAUCUACCACAAGAGAAGACAGAUCCCUGCAAACCUAGUGCAGUUCCUGCGUGGGCACCUGAGGCCAGGGGAUGGCUUGCUUGCAAGCAGCAGCAGCUACGUGAAGAGAUUCAACAGGAAAAGGAGCCGCAAAGUGCAAGGGGCUCGCACUAAAUGUAGAUAAGGCUUCGUAAGCUCCUCCUGUAACGCAGGCAGCAGUAGAAUUCACCUACCAGAAUAAACAUAAUGAUUUAGCAACAGUAGGAGGUAGUUCUACUGAUGCCUGAAACUGAUUGUGAAUUUGCAUUUGUGCUGUAGCAAACACUAGCUGAAUGUUCUGACUAGCCACCUAUAACAUAGCACAAAAGUCCAUCUCCAGUAACUGGUCGUAACCUUGCUCUAGCUGUUUUCAGAGCCACAGGCUAUUGCCUCCUCUGCUGUAACGUACCACUAAUAAUCUGUAGUGAUUGCUCAGUGAAAUUCUGAAGACAUGGUUCUUAGGUACACAAGAAGUAACCGUACUUCCAAGCCCCUCACCUCCAACAAACCUUAGAGGAUGUCAAAUCUAUAGAGAAUGUCAGCUGCGUUUUCACUCAGCUCUAAGUUAUAUACAUGUGAUGCAAAAGAAACCAACAAAACUAAGUAUCUUUCAUAUUAUGUUGAUCUCCUCAAAUACACUUCUUUAGACAGAAUUGGGUUUUCAUAUAAAGCUUAUAAAGUAGUGUAUUCAUAUACUUGAAUAAUUAACAACUAACUGAAAGCAAAUCAAGUAACUACACAACGCAAAUGCCCAAUUAGGCUUACAAAUUAUGGCAGAAGUUCCUGCCAAGGAAUGCAAACUGAGCGUGCAAUUGCAAGCACAUUUUGUAUGCCUGGCUACCUUGUCAGUUCCUUAAAAGUUCAGCUUUAGAACUCUGUACUGAAUGUUAUCUUCCCAUGAGAAUUAUCAAAGUUGCAGUUGCACAUCAGGAGUUAUUCUGAAUCAAAGACACAACCCUUUAGUACCAUUAAGCAGUGGAGAUUUAAGAAUUAUAUAAAUGUUCUGCAAAGGGCAUCUCUUAAUGUUUACUGCUCCAGCAGUCAGUAUUCACAAACUCUAAGUCUGUACAAUAAAUUAAUAAAGUGUUC